AUGACGUUCGCCUAUCCACGCAACACAGGUGCUUCCAUUCCAUUCUCCAACCCGAAACAGCCCUUGCGAUCGCAAAAUAUUCUCAGUCGCGCGUGGGACUCCAUUCCCCCAGCAGCAAAACAAUGGCUUCCUGGGAGUGGCAGCCGGGGAAUUGGGAGAAACCAGGAGGGUGAGGGGAUUAAGACAGCCGCAAUGAACAUUGUCAAACGCAUCUUCACGAUACCUAAUGCCAUUAUAUUACUAUGGAUGUUCUCGAUUCGGUGGGGCGAACGGACGGUAUUUGAGGACAGCAUCAAGAGAUGCCUUUGGGACAAUUGGGAGGACUGGCCACAAGGCGCCACACCACACCAUAUUGCUUUUAUCGCCGAUCCCCAACUCGUUGAUCCCCACACUUAUCCCGGUCGACCAUGGCCUGUGUCGACGUUGACUGUCAAAUACACCGACCAAUAUAUGCGACGGUCAUUUUCAUUGAUACAGGAUCAUCUUGAGCCGGACUCAGUGCUGUUUCUUGGCGACCUUUUCGACGGCGGCAGAGAAUGGGCCACGGCUACCAGUAGCAGUCCUGAAGCGCAGUGGAAGAAGUAUAAGGACUCCUUUUGGAAGAAGGAGUACAUGCGAUUUGUUAAGAUAUUCGUGGAUCCGUGGGUGAAAUUAGUGACGCCACCUGUCGAUGGGCGAGGACGCAGAAUGAUUGCUAGUCUACCUGGAAAUCAUGAUCUUGGGUUCGGUAAUGGCAUCCAAGAACCUGUCCGUGAUCGAUUCGAAUCCUUCUUUGGAAACCCAAACCGUGUUGAUGUUAUUGGGAAUCAUACUUUCGUUUCAGUGGACACUCCCUCUCUGAGCGCGAUGGAUCAGCCCGAUCCAUUGACGGGCAGCUCUCCGACAGCUGGCGAGCAAAGCGGUCCUCAACGCCCGAUCUGGAAAGAUGCAGAUGACUUCCUGGAUAAGAUGGCUAUCCACAAGGCGAAGGCGGAAACGGAGGAGCUGCGGAUGCUCCAAAACCAGACCGAGGGCCUUAAUGUGUUUGAUUAUCGUGUCGUUGACGCCAUCGAACCUGUCAUCCAUGAAAAGCCUCAGCCAGCCGGCGUCGGAUUUCCUACUGUUAUCCUCACACAUGUCCCUCUGUACCGCAAGCCAGCCACUCCAUGUGGUCCUCUUCGCGAACGCUACCCGCCAUCUUCAUCGGACGAGGAACUGGCAGAGGACGAGCCUAACUCUCUGAGAAUUGCGGGAGGUUAUCAGUACCAGAAUGUCCUAACGCAAACCGUUUCCACCGAAUUGGUUUCCAAAGCAGGACCCAAUGUCGUCCAGGUGUAUUCCGGCGACGACCAUGACUACUGUGAAGUGUCCCAUCGGGAAUUCAAUGGCUCGCCCAACGAAAUCACAGUGAAAAGCAUUUCCUGGGCGAUGGGAGUCCGCCACCCGGGCUUUGUACUCACCAGUCUAUGGAAUCCUAUCGACCCAAAGACAGGCAAAGCCCUCCAAGACGGCACACCACCCACCAUUCAGAACCACCUCUGUAUCCUUCCAGACCAGCUGGGAGUCUUCUUCUAUUACCUUACUAUUUUGGGCCUCAGCGUCUUCAUCCUCUUGCUCCGUUCCAUCUACCGCAUCCUUUACACCCCAGAACCAUCCCCCUCUGGCACCCUUCUCCCCCUCACCGAGCGCCGUCCUCUCCCACACCAGCACCACACCUCCGGUGCGUCUAGCUCUACCCUCUCAUCGGUGGGUGGCUUAGCCAGCCGUAAUGGCAUGACAGCCUCCACCCGCUACCCCGGUACUCAAUCCCCGCAAGAUGCUUAUCGGGGUACAGACGAUCACUUUGAAGCCGUUGCCUCAAAGGACAAGGCUGCAUGGCGCCCCGCCUCGGCUACCCGCUCCCGAUCGACGGUGUCACUCAUCGUCCGGGAUCUGUACCAUUUCGUCAAAUUUGUGGCGCAAGUAGUGCUGACUGUGUAUUUCAUCCUGAUCUGGCGCUGGUAG